GCUGUAGGCGUGUAACCAUUGCCGUAAAACAUGACUUCGCCAUCGAAAUUGAAGGUGAAGUGACUAAACGGUGGUAUUUAGGUUGUGUGUAUGUGUGUUGUGCUGCUGUCGGUGUCAUUUUCAUGCGCGAUGGUGUCAUGAUGAGAUGGAUUCCACUAGGACAUGUCGAGGUCGAAGGCUGUGUCUUACUCUCAGAUUCACAAAAGCGGAACGCGAGUUGAGUGCAGCAAGGCCAUUUGGUUACGGUCCUCGUAAGUUCUACGAGUCAAGUCAAUUGGUAAAGGGACCUGUAGACCAAAAGGAAAAGGAGAAACAGCCAGAUAUAGUAGCUGAUAAAACAGAAGAUAUUAAGGAUGACAAAAUGACAAAGAGAAUCUACGUGGCAGUGACAUCGGAUCGAGGUCUCUGUGGUGGGGUGCACAGUGGAGUAUCUCGCCGGAUACGUCGCGAGAUGAGCGAAAGAAAAGGUGAAGGACCGACGAACAGGAUUGUUUGUAUCGGCGACAAGUCUAGAGCUAUGCUGAGACGAGAAUUCAGUGAUAGGAUGCUAAUUAAUGUCAAGGAUAUCGGAAGAAUCGCUCCGGUAUUUGCAGAUGCUUCAGCAAUGGCCGCCGCUAUUGCUGAGUCCGGAUAUCAGUAUGAUGUUGGGGAAAUAUUUUACAAUAAAUAUUUCACACCAGUCAAAUAUGAAUUGACAGUUAUUCCAUUUUUCAACAAGUAUAAAAUUGAGACAGCGCCAAACAUGAAUGCUUUUGAUGAUGUGGAUCAAGACCAACUGGAGUGCUAUUCCGAAUGGACUCUAGCCGCUUUGCUUUACUAUGUAUUGAAAGAAGGUGCAGCGUCCGAGCAAUCAGCUAGAAUGUCAGCAAUGGACAACGCAACCAAGAAUGCGGAUGAGAUGAUUAAGAAACUCACCUUGCUGUUCAAUAGGACAAGACAAGCUGUCAUCACGAGGGAACUUAUUGAGAUCAUAUCAGGAGCGGCUGCCUUGGAAUGAACACUGUUGAAAAUUGUCAAUUAUAGAGAAAAAAACGUGUGGCACUCUUAAAUCUAUCUCGGCAUCCUAACUAAUAUUAAAAAUAUGAGUUCGAGUUCGUUUGUUUGUUACACUAUCACGC